GAUGCUGCGAAUCGCGCCCGCGUCUUCGUCCAAGAGAUGUUUGGAUUCAACACAAGGUACCCGCAAUCUUUUGCCAUGGGCACGGAUGGCGAAGUACCCUGCGACGUCACGUUCAUGAAGACGGCGGUGCCAGCGGACGGUGUGUUUUGGAACCUACUGGCUGGUGCAGAGCCGGCCAAAGAACGCAAGACUGCGGCGGUAGCAGCGGCGCUUCAAUCCAUCGAGGACGAAGGCUUGCUCACCUGGGACGAGGAUGUCAUCGGAAACGCGACCGGCGUCCGUCCCGAAAAUCUCCGCGGAAUGCGCUUCAGCAACUGGGGCAACGGCGUCCAGUGGGAAAACACUGCAGCUGCGGUUAUGGCGCUGCUCCAGUCUCAUGAAGAGUUCGAGGACGGCUUGUCGCAGGUAGAGCUCCACGAGGAGAUCGACCACAUGCGGGGCUCGAUUCUGAAACUGUUGGAUACGUAUGGUGCAGUUCCGGCUUCCGUGCUGGGUGGCAACUACCAGGCAUGGCAGAAAAACGAGCAUCGUCGAACGUUUCCUGGCGGCUCCGACACAGGCAUCGGGUGGACGUACUACCGCUAUCCGCACGUGGCCGCCACAGCCUGGGCCGGCCUCCUUUUGCUCUUCCAGUUUGACAAUGCAACGCAGGUGAAUGAGGCCGCCAACCCCUACUUCCCACCGGAGCCGCCUUUGCCAAGGAAGCCGAGCGUGGCGGACUUGACUUGCAUGGCUCGCUAA